AUGUCAGUUUAUGUUACCAUCCCAUAUCCGACCGAAAAUCUGGAUGUAUUACUUUGUCGGCUUGAAAAUUGUUAUGGAGUAUCUGCAGCAUUAUCUCAAGAUAAACUUAAAAUAUGCGGAACUGCAGAUAAACUGAAUGCAGCUCAAGAUUACGCACUGCGUUUUAUUAGUCCAGAAUCGGUUUCAAUUAGUACGAUUACUUCAAUGGAUUGUUUGGAAUUAUUCAGUAAUCCAACAAUAAUUUAUCAUUUUGAACUGACGUACAAUAUUGUCAUAAUUAUUAAAAAAUCUAAUGUAUUGAUCAUUAAAGGAUGUGCACUUGGAAUCAAACGUUUUUCACGAAUUUUACAUUUAUUAGAGUCAUUUUUAGAAGUCAAAUGUGCUCAUUUAAGCGAUUUAAAAGUCUCAAUUUUGAAGACAUUAUGUGAGAAGUAUUCCGUGAACUAUAAUGGUUUACAGUGCACUGACGCAAUGAAGCUAGCUCUCAUAAAUUAUUUCAUUUCCUUAGAAAAACCUGAGGCUACUGUAACUUCUGAUAGUCUCUUAGUUGAUUCAGCAGUCGAAAAUGUACAUUUUGUAGAGGCUUAUCGUAAGUGUGAAGCAAGUAACUCAGAAUCAAUUAAUCUAGAUAAUGAAUCGAACCAAUUGUCUUUAUUAACGAAUUCUUCUAAGAUAAAGUCAGAUAAAUCAUUACAACCUCGCUUAAGACCCAUUAUAAUUGACGGUAGUAAUGUGAGUUUCGCCCAUGGAAAACAAAAAGAAUUCAGUGUUCAGGGAAUUCGUCUAGCCUUAGAUUACUUCAAAAAAACACAUUAUCAAGGCAAAGGUGGACGUUAUUUCGAUGAACUUGAGCAUUCUGGUAUGUUGACUUAUACACCAUCACGAACUUUGAAUCAAGAAAGACAAGCAGUGUAUGAUGAUCGCGUAAUCUUGCAGUUGGCAGCUGAUAAGAAUGCAGUCAUCAUAUCCAAUGAUCAAUAUCGUGAUCUUAUGUCGGAAAAUGCUAAAUUUAGAAAACUUAUUGAAACAAGACUACUUCCAUACGUAAUGUCAGGGAACACAUUUCUUCUUCCUGAAGAUCCUUACGGCCCUAAAGGUCCAUCCUUAUCUGAAUGUUUAACAAUAUCAAAUUCAACCAAGGAUUAA